ACAGCGAGGACGAAGAGAUUUGUGACACGAUGGUUGCCAUUCAGCUGAUGCUCGCGCAAUUCCCAAAGCUAGAACAGGUAACUUUUCUUUGUUCUUUCUCCCAAUUGGAGUUUCUCUUUGGUGCUUGCUCUGUAAGUGGAACUUGCGGCCAUUUGUGCUGCGUACGCAGCUCUACAGUAGUGUCAAGGACCGAACUACAGUGGAUAAAGAACUGGAGGCAUUGAAGCAGCAGCAAGUGGUCCGAAUGUUCAAGCUCAAUUCGGGGCGAGAUGAUUUUGCAGUGAUGCUGCUGGAGGAUUAUGUCUCUCAGGUUGUAGGUAAUCACUUCUCUCAUCUCUGCAUGGAAUGGGUGGCUAGUUCUCAAGUUCUUUUCUAUUUCUUCUUCUUGCACAGAUCGAUGCUGCUAAGCAGAGAAUGGAAAGCAAGCAUUCUUCUGAUACAACCAUCGUUUUCGACUGGUUUCAAAACUACGUUCUUGGAUCGAGCCCGGAUUUGUCAAUCUCAAACUCCCACCUGGUUUCUCUCCUCUCGCGAGGUGGGAAAACAACUGAUAAGCAAAUCUCCGUGCUCAUCAAUGCUGGAUUUCUGGUGCGUGCUCUUUACAAUCUGUUUUUCUCUCGAUGAAAAGUUUGGUGUCAUUCAAAACAGGUGAGACAAAUGUCCGAUUCAGAAGACUAUUGGUUUUCCAUACCUGGAAUUGGAUGGGCGAUGAAGAACUUGACACAGGGAAGGAAAGAGGUGACUCAAUUGCUGCGCAAGCGGCAGUCCAAAGAGGCCUUGCUAUCAGUCUUGGAGAAGCGGAAGCUUCGAAGCUCAAGCCUGGGAAUGCGGUUUCACUUGAGAGAUUUACUGGGUUCCAGCGUCCUGGUAUCUGUGGAGACAACCUCUGGAGCUCUCAUUCGUCUUGCAAAGCGAUAAAAACCAAACUUUGCGAGCUCAAAACCAGUCUUUGCGAGCUCAAGAACCGAUCUUUGCGAGCUCAAAAACCAAUCUUUUGCAAGCGUUGGCACCAUUUCCAACCAAAAGUUUAGUUUUUUACAGAGCAAUGCGCUGCAUUGCAAAUGUUUCUAUGCAUUUAAUGGCGGUGGGUCGCCAAAGAAACAAAGCUUUUCAUUCCCUGACCUCGGCAAAAAUCAGUUAUUUUUCACACCAAACUUCCUCCUUUUCUUCUUUCCUUCUUUCUUCUCCGUGCCUUCUUUCUUUCUCCUUGGUUUGUUUACAAGGGCGAUUGCUGCGCUGCGAAGCCGUCCACUUUGUCUCGUUGCCUUUAAUUCAGUCAUCGUCUGCUUGUGCUACGCCGUCACGCCCAGUUGUUACUCACUCUCCAUCGCCAAGCUUUUUCUCCACUGGUCUCUCGUCUUUAAACUCGUUUCAGAGUCUCCCUGUCACAGCUGCGCUGCUCGUUUUCUCUCCCCCUCCACCGAUCAAGCUCUCUCCUCCUCUUUCCUCCUCUUCGAUUCCUUCCUUUCAUGCCGAGAGCUUGAAUGCCUCCACCACCACCGUGCUGCGCUCCUCCACACAACCUGCGAUGAGUAGCAGCAAUAGCAACAGCAACAGCGUACCUCAUGGAAGCCACGCUCGGACGGAGAGAAGCGCUGCUCAAACCAACACCAUGGGAAUGCUGAGCCCCCUCAGCUUGAGCCUGUGGAAGAACAAGACCGGGGACGAGGAGACCGACAUAUCUGCGCGGCUUACUUGGAGAGAUCUCUUCGUCUCGGCCACCAAUGCGAAGGGAGAGACGCGCUCGCUGCUCCACGGUCUCAAUGGAUACGCCGAGCCGGGAUAUCUCAUGGCCGUCAUGGGGCCGUCUGGAUCCGGAAAGUCGACGUUACUGGACGCUCUAGCAGGGAGGCUGGCCAAGAACACGACGCAGAGUGGAGAAGUCCUGCUCAAUGGAAGGCGGACUCGCUUGUCAUACGGCAUCGUUGCAUUCGUGACUCAAGAUGAUGCGCUGAUAGGAACUCUGACGGUGAAGGAAACCAUCACGUACUCGGCUAAAUUGCGUCUCCCAGAUCUCAUGCCCCGGAAAGAUAAGAAGGCCAUUGUCGAGAGCACUAUCAUGGAGAUGGGACUCCAAGAGUGCCAGAACACUCCCGUUGGAAACUGGCACCUUCGAGGCCUCAGUGGAGGAGAGAAGCGGCGGCUGAGCAUCGGUCUGGAAAUUCUCACUCGUCCUCGUUUGCUGUUCCUCGAUGAACCCACCAGCGGCCUCGACAGUGCCUCGGCCUUCUUCGUCACCCAGACACUCAAGAACCUGGCCAGGGACGGAAGGACUGUCAUAGCUUCCAUCCAUCAGCCCAGCAGCGAGGUUUUCGAGCUCUUCGACCGACUGUACUUGUUAUCUCACGGGAAAACCAUCUACUUUGGUGAUGCCCCUGCUGCUAAAGAGUUCUUCGCCUCCGCUGGAUUCCCCUGUCCACCUCUUCGAAACCCCUCUGACCAUUACCUCCGAGCAAUCAACUCAGACUUUGAUCGAGUCAAGGACGCUCUGAGAAAUUCCUUUGUGGCCAAGGACAUGGAGUCGGCCGAUGUCCUUGACAAAACCUCCACCGCACAAGUCAUCAAGAUCUUGAUCGACCACUACCAGUCUUCAGAGCACGCAAUGCUGACAGCGUCCAAAAUCCACGAGAUUAACCAAACGAAAGGAGUAGCUUUGGAGUCGGAAGGGAGCCAAGCGAGCUUCUUCAUGCAGUCGUUCACGCUAACCCGCCGAUCGUUCGUCAACAUGUCUCGAGAUAUGGGCUACUACUGGCUUCGACUUGUCAUCUACAUCAUCCUGGCCAUCGGGAUCGGUACGCUGUACUAUGACAUCGGCACCAGCUAUAGCUCUAUCAUGGCCAGAGCUGCUUGUAUGUCUUUUGUUGGAGGCUUCCUGAUCUUCAUGUCCAUUGGAGGCUUCCCGUCGUUCAUCGAAGACAUGAAGGUCUUCUCUCGUGAGAGGCUGAAUGGACACUACGGCGUCGUCGCGUUCGUCGUUGGAAACACCCUCUCGUCGCUACCGUUUCUCUUUCUCAUAGCACUGGUGUCCGGGGCUAUCACAUACAACAUGGUGAAGCUCCACCCGGGAUUCAUUCGCUUCUCGUACUUUGUGUUGAACCUUUUCGCGGCUGUCGCAGCUGUCGAGAGUCUGAUGAUGGCUGUGGCAAGUCUCGUCCCAAACUUCCUCAUGGGGAUCAUUACGGGUGCCGGCAUCCAGGGUAUCUUUCUGCUCGUUGCGGGAUUUUUCCGUUUGCCAGGUGACUUGCCAAAGGCGUUCUGGAAGUUCCCGUUGUCCUACAUUGGUUUCCACAUGUAUUCGUUGCAGGGAAACUUUGAAAACGACUUUCUCGGCUUGAACUUUGAAAACAAAUUUCCAGGCUUACCAAAGAUUCCAGGAAAAUUUAUUCUUCAGGACGUUUAUGAGAUACCAGUCGGCCGCUCGAAAUGGUGGAACCUCGCAGUGGUGUUUUUGAUGAUUAUAGUCUACAGGUUCUUGUUCUUCCUUGCCAUCAAGUACAGUGAGAGCGUUCAGCCAUGGCUUCAAGGCAUCAUGGCUAAGCGGCGGGCAAGAUUUUUGUCAUCCAAUCACCUUACUCGUAAGAACUCGGCGCUCCAGAACACGAUCAGGCCGGUUGUCCAGCAGUCUCCACUGAGAGAGCCUGCCACAGCAACAAGUUAGUCAAGAAAGAAGGAGAGAUUCUAAGGAGAUAAAACCAUACCCGACUUAAAAUACACACGGAGUCAAACAGCGAUCCUCCAACAUCUCUUGUUUCGGAUCAGUGGAGUGGAGGGCUCAUCCUGUCUUGUUUGGUGAAUCAAAGACGGUGGACUGGAGAAUCAAAGCUUGCAUAUAUUGUACUGGUAGCUGAGAGAUAAUGGAGCAUCCUCGUGUCCCACACGGAGCAAUCUAAAGAAAAACACAAGCAUGAGUCCAAAAA